CAGUUGGUACACAGGAAGCGAUUUAUUUGCUUCACGUUAAAGUUAAACAACGAAUAUCUUCUCCAUUGUUAAAUACGUGGAUUGCUAACCUAUUGGCAAUUGACAUUAUAUAUAAAUGUUUGUCUAUUGGCAUGAGCAUCAACUGAAGUGUCUAUGACUGAAGACCAAGUGACAACCAAUGCGAUGACUACUUUUAGCAAGGCUAGCUUGCGAGCGUAGCCAUCUAACUUAGCUGGCUGUCCAUACGUAGAAGUGCCACUCAACCAAACAGUGUGAUCGUCAGGCACUGCGUCCCGAACAACCGCAUCGAGGGGUGAGCGACCAUGGGCGCGGAGAGCAGCGCUAUGCGGAGCAUCAUCUUGGAGGAACCGCUCCUAACCCUGCCCUCAGGGCUGACCAUGUACUCUGCCGUGCUCCAGGAUGGCAAGCCGGCUUCUGUGUUUGUUCACAAGCAGGGCAACGAAGACAAAGUCAACAAAGCUGCUAAGCACCUGAAGACCCUGAGGCACCCGUGUCUGCUGCGUUUCCUGUCAUGCUCGGUGCAGGAUGGGGGUAUCCACCUGGUGACGGAGCGUGUGCAGCCUCUGGAGCCCCUGCUGGACAGCCUGACUCCGGAGGAGUUGUGUGCAGGCAUCUAUGACCUGCUACAGGCCCUGAUUUUCCUGCAUGAGAGGGGAAAAUCGAGCCACAACAACGUCUGCAUGUCUUCUGUGUUCGUAAGUGAAGACGGCCAUUGGAAGCUGGGGGGGAUGGAGACUGUCUGCAAGUUCGCUGAGGCUACCCCGGAGUUUCUCAGCACCAUUCAGAAUGUGAGGGAGACCAGUACUGUUCCCCCGGAGGAGCGGGUGGAAGGCUUUAAAACACUGGCAGAUAAGCAUGCACACUCUCGAGACUGCUUCUCCUUUGGAAUGAUGGUGGAAACCCUCAUCCCUCUCCUGAAUUUGAAAAUAAAUGAUUCUCUCAAUGGCUAUGUCUCUGAAGAGUUAUCAGGCAGUCUGAAGAGGACUCUCCAAGCAGGCCUGUUGACCUCUGACCCCCUGUCUCGGCCCUCCCUCAGCUCCCUACUCACUCACGACUUCUUCAGAAAUGACUUUCUGGAGGUCAUGAAUUUUCUGAAGAGCCUGACCCUGAAGGCCGAAGAAGAGAAGAAUGAAUUCUUUAAGUUUCUGUUGGACCGGGUGCAGAGCCUGCCAGAGGAACUGAUAGCAACGCGUCUUGUCCCAAAACUUCUCAAUGGGAUGGUGUUUGCUGAACCCACUGCUGUGAAGAGCUUUCUGCCUCACCUCUUAAAGCCAAAGAAAGAUUGUGGCGGGAGUGAGGAGUGCCUCCUGUCUGUCUCUCUCUACAGAAAACAUGUGGUUCCUCAGCUGCUGAAGCUCUUCAAGGUCAACGAGGAACACGUCCGGGUCGUGCUGCUGGCUCACAUUCACGUCUACGCUGAGUGUUUCUCCCAAGAUGAGCUGAAGAACCACAUCCUACCUCAGGUGUUGCUUGGGAUGAGAGACACAAAUGAUUCUCUGGUUGCCAUGACGCUGCAGAGCCUGGCUGUGCUGGUGCCGUUGCUAGGUGCCCAAGUGGUGGUGGGUGGGGAGAGGACCAAAGUGUUCAAACGCACCAGGCCCAACUUCACUAAGUCUACUGAGGUCACCCCAGAAACCUCUCCAGUUCACAUAGUUGGAGAGUCCCAUCCCCAGAUGGCCCAGCCCUCAAAGGUCCUGAGUCUGUUCCCCAAACCGGUAUCAGUGAGAGGGGGGCUGGUCCUGGGGAACAUGGACAGCCUUCAGGCCAGAGAGACCCCCAGGAUAUACGCCCUGCCACCCAAAUCAGGUAGUAGUAGAGAGAUGUCUCUACCCCUGAAUGGCUUCAGCAAAAACGAGGAAGAGGAGUCCUCCUACAGUCCCGACCAGCCAGAAAGGACAGAGGGCCGGAGUCAGGCUGAGGACUGGCCAGAUUGGAGUGACCCAGAGGAGGGGGAACAGGAGCAGCCAGUCCAGAUACACAUGCAGGCCUCCGACAGAACACGGGACGAAGAGGAGGAACCAUGGGACAACGUCGAGGACACAGAGCCCACGUUUGACCUCUCCCCCACCACGCCCAUACCAGACCCUGUCGUCCUAACCUCCCCACCCAGAGGGGGCGCCACUGCACCACCACCACCCCCCCUCAGCCUGACGGCCGAGCCCCUGCGAGGGGGGUCCAAACCCCUCAAACUGAGCUAUAACCUCAAGGCCUUUGAGAGGAAGACAACGGUAACGUCUUCCUGGGACAACGGCUGGGGGCAGGAAGAAGAACCGCAACCUAACGACGAGCCCAGGCCAAAGCUGCACACCGCACGCAAGGAUGGCGGCACGAGGGUUCUGGGAGAGGAGUUCACCAUCGAGGUGAAGAGGAAGCAGGAGAGAGACCCGGAAUUGGACUUCUUUGCAGACAUGGAGCCGGACAUUAAACUAUCGUCUGCUGCAGCUCUGCUGCUGCCUGUGAAGAGCGAUGUUAGUGAUACUGGGCUGCUCACAGCUGCACCGUCAGAACACACUGAGCCAUCUGUAGACACACUAACACUCAACGCCAAGUUCGCAGCUGCCGACCAGACGGAGACGGAAGCAGAAGGCUGGGGAGAAGGAGCUGACCUUAACUGGGGAGAGGACGAGAACACCUGGUGAUUGACAGUUACCUGGCUGGAUCUAUUACUCAGACACGUUGUAGAGACUACAUGUUGCUGGUUACUGCAGCACUUCAAUUUCCAGGAUGCACCUCUCCUUAACCAGCCAAUCGGAGAACUGGAACACCCGCUCCAGCUGCACAUCCUGUUCUAAACUGUUAUCAUGAAGUAAUAUUGCUAAUGAAAAAUAAAUGUUAUGGGAUAUGAGACACUGAAGAAUACAUUUUACAAUUGAGAUUUUAAUCAGUUUUCAUUUGGUUAAUAAGAUGACCAUCCAUCCUGUUUACUAAGGAAUCAUAUCUAUGGAACUUGACUUUUGUACUAGAAUGAUGUGAGGGGACUUUGGGAUUGUUACCAGCUAGACUGGGACAGCAGACAGACGUUGGGAAUCCGUCAUCAUAGUUUGUUGCCAAAAUGUCAUCCACUAAACUAGUGGACUGUUUUAACUCUAGUUUUGUGCCAUACAUUUCUCAUCUGGCAGUUUAAUUUGGAUGACUUUUUGAGAAGUCAGGAUACUUCGGGGGAAACUUCAAGUCUUUCCUUGCUUCCUUUUGAAAAUUCUCCUCACGUCUCUCUGCCGUUUUGAGGAGGCUGGGGAGAGCAUGCAAGGAAUUGAGGAAAAGACUUGACAGAUCCCUGGUGAGACAAGUGUGAUUUUUGGGGGGUGGGAAAUGGACUUUGAAUGAAUGUGAAAGAUUUGACAAUUUAUUUGUAUCUUUCUGGUGGAAUAAAAGGUUUUAUGAUACGUCUGA